ACCCGUAGUUUUAUAAAAUUAUGUUCCGUAUUUUUUCUUCUUCUCUUCUCCGAUUCGUCUUGUUCUUCCUCUUUACUCUACUGUGACCUCCCUACGAGUAAAAUUAACCAUAGGGAAAACCCUAGAAAUCAGAAGCAAAUCAUAACCCUAGAAAUCACAAGCAAAUCAUCUUCACGAAAAGAGAAGAAGGUUAUCACAUCCGCAGCAGGAGAAAGUUCGUAUUUGAGACUAGAUGUGGGUUUAGCACCUUCAAAUAAUGGCACAGAGAUACUUUCUCAAGAUGCACGGGGGAAGUUAGUUAGCAAUGGCAAGACUAUUGAGCUGAAUUGCAGGUGGAAUCUGGUGUUUUGAGCACAAGUUGAAGCGGAUGGAGAAUGAGUUUUGUUACUGCAGUAAAUGGAGAUGACAAUACUCAUGGAGAAUGGUAAUGCCGAGGAGAUGCUGCGCUAAUAUUCAGCUGUUGUUGCUAUGGAUUAUGGUGUAUGUUGAUUAUUUACGUAUUGAUUGAGCGAGAACAAAUAGCUUCUUCUCAUAUUUUUCAAAUAGUGGUAAAAGGGAUUCUUUUCGAACUUGUGAAGGAGACAGAAAACGGAUCUCUUCUGAAAAAAUUUGCAGAGAAUUUUUUUUCCAGAUACACAGCCGAAAAACCAUAAGAACAAACCUAAAAGUAGUUUUUGAUCUGUUUGCUGAGAAAAAAGAAGAAGAAGCGAAGAAAGAUUCAGGAAAUAAUCAAAUGGCGAGAGGAAGAAGGAAUCCACCUGAAGAAGAUCCUGCCUUAACAUGUAUUAUGAUUCUUUCACUUCAAGAUGCCAUUUACUGUUGGGGAAAGUUAAGACACUCAUUCAAUGCAGUUCAAGAUUUGGUGAAAGAAAUAAAGCCAAUAGGACUAUCUGAGAGCUAAAACGUAUAUUAGGAAAGCGCCUUAUGGUGAUCUUGUAAUGUUUUAUUACGAUGGAUUUGAUGUUGCUGCUCCAAAGAACAUGAAACAAAUAACAACUAACAAGCAUGGAGUUGUGAAGCUUUUAAACUGCUUCGAUGGAGAUUAUGGGGUACCAUGUGCAUUUAAAUUUGGAGAAAACUUUAUAGAGUCUACACCGGCGAAGUUUGCUGGUAUAACUGGAAUGAAAAGGAUUGGAAGAGAAGAGGUCAAAAGUUAAUAGAAAGGUUUAAUUUAAAGAAGGUGGAUGAAAACGUGUUAUACAACAAAUAUUUUUCAGAUAUCAAAGAAACAAAACAUUCAACGGUAGUGACUAAGAAGAAGAUUAUGGAGACAAUAAUAGAAGUUAUGAAGAAGAAAAAGAGAAGAACAAAACUUGAUGAUAAGCAUUUAGUUUGUGUGAUAGGGUUUUAUUUGUGUUGUGAACUUUUUUUGGCGAUAAAAAUGCUAUCUCAGUAAAUGUUAAAUAUCUUGCACUCGUCGAAACUUAUGAAACUGUUCUCGAGGUCUCCUGGCCAGAUUUGGUACACGAGCAUUUGUUCGAGGAAAUACUACAAAAUGCAGACUGUCCUUCAAACGUGAAGGGUUGUGUGCAAUAAAUAAUGCAGGAUUGAUACAAAAAGUUCAAAACAACGAACAAAAGAUCCCAAGGGUUGGAAGGUGGACAUGGACGUGAUAUCAGAUUUCAUAGCUGGUGUAAACAUGACAGAGUUUACCUCAACUGCUAGCUUUGUGGAAGAGUUCUCACAGCUUGAAAAUGAGCUUGGUAUAUCAACAGUGGAACCAACCAAGGGCGAUCUGAAAAGGUGGCUAUGACAGAGAACAAUUGAGAACGGAAAACUAAAAGAGAAACUACAAGCAAACCAACAAGUAUUUGAUGCAGUGCGUAAAAUUUCCAGAGAAGGGAUAUCAGAAGGGAACCUUACAGGAACACCAGAAUACAAGAUUCACAUUUUUAGUUGCGAAAUUAUGAGAGCAAUGGGUAUUGAACCUUACAAAGUGACCUAGGAAGAGGUUAUUCCACAAGAAGAUGGUGUGGAAGCACAUGAAACAACUGAGCAUCAAGCAAGGUGUCGAUCAUACUAAAGAGGUCGAGGAACAGAGGGAGAAAGAAGAAAAUGACGGGGAAACUUCAUUCCAACAUGAGUUUCCAUAUAUAAGUCUUGAAGCUGGAAAUACGCCAAUAAUUAUGCAAGCUCACACAACCACAGAGAAGGGCAAAGCACCUUCUAGUACCAAUGUUGUUGAUGAGCCGCAGAUUGAAGCCGCAGAAGCUGGUGUUAUGGAUGAGCUGCAUAAGAAAUCCGCGGGUGAAGAGAACAAACCGACAGGUGAAGAUGUAACUACAAAUGAUGAUGACUCGUUGCCAGAGAAACCCACGGAUUAAGAGACACCUGCAACUGUUGAUGACAGUUGCAGAUGACUGCUUCAACUCAGCCAACACAGAUUGAUGAAUCUUUGGUGGUAACUUCUACAACUCAGCAAACUCAGGGUGACAAUCCUGAGACCUACAGGUUUGUGCAAUUAGGACCUAACCUAGGUGAUAUGACGGAUGUUGAGGUAAAUGAAGUGGUAGAUGAGGUCAUCAGCGACAUCAACCAAGGUGCUGUAGAGAUGGAAAAUGCAGAACCUACCUCCACUGCUAAAACACAGGAAAACAUUGGUAGUGAUCCAUUGAAUUUUAGCCUUCGCAUAGAUAAAACUCCAAAACUUGUAGGAGAACUACUCAAGGAAGUUUCGAAUAGACUAAGAGAAAGCCAUCCAGGAUUCGUACACCAGCGCGUGCUGAGGAAUAGAAAAAUUCAAACACAAGAUCGGAAACAGUUUGAAAGUAAGGCAAAGAAGAUUAAGAAGACUGCUAAUGAAGAAACAAUGGUCGCAGUCCAAGAAGUAGAAGAAGAAAGAAUGGCCGCAGUUCCAGAAGUAGAAGAAGAAAGAAUGGCUGAGGUUGGUGAAGAAGAUGAUGGGACAAUGAGAAAGAAUGUGAAAGGUUCCCCAGUGAUCGAAAGUCUGGAUGGCGAGCAAAAGAAGAAAGUGCUUGAAUAUUUCAGUACUCAUCCCACAACAGACAUUGCUUGGAUGGAAUUCAAAGACGAUGGUAGCCCGCUCUUUGAUAUAAACGGAGAACUAAUGCUCCAAUUUACCAUGAAAGAAGCCUACUUGGAGUCGGAAUUCCUUGAUUUCUACAUUAGCAGAAAUCUUACUUGGACAAUGACGGUGAUUUCCAUAAAUUCUGGAUUCCUAGGCUUGUUAAAGACUAUUACAAGCACAAGAACAAUGCAGUCAGACUUUUUGUCCCAAUGUGCAACAACAACACACACUACACACUGCUGGAGUAUGACUUAACGGGCACUAAUCCUUGGUCCCACAUGAACUCGUCAGAUGUUAAGAAACUCAGGGAAGAACACUUUAUAAAAGCCAAGAAAUAUGCAUUUGCAAUAACUAGAGAACUGACACUCCGAUGUCCUCUUGGGUUGAAUGAAAGAGCCAGAAAUCUCGCUUUGCCCAACCAAGGUUAAUUUCCCGGCUGUCUUCUUUUUGUAUGCACUUACAUGAAGAUCAGGAUGAAGAAUAAACCACUUAACAAAAAACUAACAACACAUCUGGUGAGAUAGUUGGAUGACAAGGUGAACGCAUGAGAGGAAGCAUGCUUUACAAUAUUCUUUCAGAUCCAUCCAGAUAUGUGUAAAGCAGUUAUUUGGAUUAAAAAUACUUCUAUACUUGCAAAUAUGUUGUUAGCUUAGACCUGCAAAUAUGUUGUU